AUGCUGCAUAUGACCCAACAACAAGCUAUGGAAGUAACGAUGGUGGCGAAACAGAUGCUCAAUGAGCAUUCCUACACAUGCAAACAGUCCCCUGAAUCGGCAGGAUGCAAGGUGUCUUCACCAAACAUGCAUUUGUCCUUUCCCAUAGUAAUACACGUGAAUGAGCGAGAGGGCGUUGAUCCUAGCACGGGUUUCCCCCGUCGGACUUACUACGUGCCUUGCCACCGAGGAGAUCUGCUGUAUCCACACUGGUUACACAGUUUGUUGGAUCGCGAACUUAAGUUCUACACCUCGUUAGAUAAUGAGGCGACACAUGCGGCUAGUAUGUUCCGAGAGGGACAGUUGUUGAUGCAGAAACUGAGGUCUAUAUCUGCGAAGUUUUCGUGGGAUCCAAAGAACCCAGUUGGACUGAAACUGUCAUUGGCUGAAAACCAUGGAAAUUGUCGCCUGCCACAGCGAAGACGACAGAAGGGUCUAUUGGCUGAUUGUGUGUUCUUAGACAAUAAAAGUGAUUGUGUCGCCAUCCAAGGUAAGCUAUUUUCGAUGAUAAUUGGGAUGCCAUUCCCCGGAGACGUGAUGCGUGACGUAGAAGACCCAGGGACGAAAAUUGAUGUCGGGAUGUUUUUCCGUACACUGGAAUGUGCACCCAACAUCCGUGCUAAAUGGACCAUAUCACUAACACGAAAAGACAUCCCAAAACAUGAGCUAGACGUUAUUAGCGAAAGGGAACGUGAAUUGGAGGAUUUCGAUGACGACGAUGAGACCUUGGAUGGUGACGAGUCGGAUAUGGAAGAUGAUGAAUUUUAA